GGGGGUGGCCGGGCAAUAGUUCUGCCUCCUGCCUGCAGUAGGAAGGGGGUAAGGAGUAGAGGUGGGGUUGGAGCCUCCAAUUCUGAGACAGUGUUAGGAGUAGGGGCUAAGUGUUCUUUUCCUGGAUUUAGUUCCAUCUGAUCUACUUCUGGAGUCCCCGGGUGGCACAAAUGGUUGAGUACUCAGCCACUAACCAAAAGGCUGGCGGUUUGAAUCUACCCAGAGGUGCCUCAGAAGAAAGGCCUGGCUUCUGAAAAUCAGCCAUUGAAAACCCUGUGGAGCACAGAUCUACUCUGACACACGUGGCGUCACCACGAGUCAGAAUCAACUUGACAGCAACUGGUUUCAUUUUGUUUUUAUUUUUUGUCUACUUCUAGUUUCUCCUGUAGCCUUUUCUCAUUCUCCAGCUAAGUGGGCCUGGACUCUAGAUUUCAAAAAGCUCAAGACCGUUGUCAUUAUACGUGAUACCCCUAUCUGACUGGCUGUUUUAAGAUCAGUGCCAGAUUGUAAUCUUUAGUUAUUUGUGGUGACCUCUGUGCUUGGAGAGAAGGAGGGCCCCGCACAGGUGGUUUUCUCCCAUCCCAAAGAAGAGUAGAGUCUGUUUCCCAGGGGACAUGAGAGUUCAGCCCCACAGUUAUCCUCAUGAAGGGCUGCCCAGGCUGCGUGACCUCCACUUCCAGGGCUCCCUCUGCAGAGCUCCCUUCUGUGAGGACAACACCCCUCUCAGGUAGGCUACCUUCAGAGGAAAGUGAUAGAAAACCCACUAAAAGGUGAAUAACACUUGAGACAUUCCACUUUGCAUCAAAUUUUAGAUGCAGCCCAUUAUAAAGCAUCCAAUUGUGUCGGGUUUCACUUGGGAGUCCUGCUGGCGUAGUGGUUAAGAGUUUGGUUGCUAACCAAAAGGUGGGCAGUUUGAAGCCACCCACUGCUCCUUGGAAACCCGUGGGGAAGUUCUACUCUGUCUUUUGGGUCAUUAUGAGUCAGAAUCGACUCAAUGGCGAGUUUGGUUUGGUUUUGGUUUUCCACUAGGAAAAAAAGAAAUGCUGCCAGUUUAACUAUGACACCCCAUGAGAGAUCCUUCCCGAUCUCAGAAAUGUUAUAAUGUAAAACACUGUACGUCUCAAAACUGAUGCAAUAUGGUUUAAAAAAAUAUAUACCUAGAUAUGUGAAAUUUCCAGAUUUAGUUAGUUCGGUGCUCAACAAAGUCGUCAAGAAUCCCAGUUCUUUUCUUCUUCCUAUUCUGCCAUCCGCAGUAUAGUCUCAGACUUGUCCCCUCAUGAUUGCAAAAUAGCUGCAAUGGCUCCAAGUGUCAUAUCCUCCUAUGGCAACAUCCAAAGGAGAAAAAAGGAAGUUAUACCUUAUAGGGUCAUUUUUAGGAAUGAAUAAAACCUUUCUCAGAAGUCCUCCAACAGACUUUCCCUGGCAGCUUAUUGGCCAGAAUUGCACUGUGCGUUCACACCUAAGCCAAUUAUGACCAAGAAGGGAAUUACUAUGUCUGGCUCUCUGACUAACCGAGAGUCACUCCUAGGCCUGGAGAGAGGCCCAGGCUGCCCAUAGGUUCUCUGACAGUUGAACGAAAUCGGAGUUUUGUUACAAGGAAGAAGCAAAGGAAUCUGCAGUAGUACUUAACACUGAAAUGCUCUUUUAUACCCACUCGGUUUCCAGGUGUUGCACACUCUUUCAUCCAAAAGCUAACACACACAUUUACAUAUUCCACCUUAAGGAAUUCCUGGCCUGACAGUCUCUGACAGCCUUUCCAGAAGCAUUCUCCCCUCCCAGGGCAGGCCCCGAGCGUUCCAAGGAGAAAGCUCAGCCCUGCCCUUGUCCUGCACCUCCAGGAGCCAGUGAGCCCACCUCUACGUCCCCUGCUCCAGGGAACACACAGGAGCAGGCAGAGGGGAGGGCGGGAGAAGGACUGCCUUUUCCUUCAUCUCGCUGACCUUCCAGGAGCUGCUUACUUCGGAGCUAGUCCCUGGGAUUUCUCAUUCUGUUUUGGUGUAGUCACAACUCAGUUCUCACUGAAUUAACUGCAGCAAAGGUUUCAUCCUCCCAAUUUGGUGGGACUCUUGCCUCUCCAGACAUAUAUAGAGGCUACGUGCAAUUAUAAAUAACAGACAACAAUCACCAGCCUGUGGUAUAGACAUAAACACUGAAUUAAAUAAGACAAGAGAGAGAGCAAUAGCCUUGAGGAGGGGUGUGUGAAUGGGACCUUGAAGGACGGAUAGGUUUGGAUAGACUGAGCUGGGGAGGGCCUUAUUCAUGUCUCUGAAUUAGGGUUGGCAAAUACAGGACAGAGUAGAACUGCCCCAUAGGGUUUCCAAGGAUUGGCUGGUGGAUUCGAACAGUCAGCCUUUUGGUUAGCAGCCAAGUUCUUAACCACUGUUCCACCAGGGCUCCAUAUGGCAGGCAACUACCAUCUUUUCCUUUGCCCAAGGCAAAUGUGGCUAACUGUUCAGGACACUUUUAGGGGAAUCUUCCUGACCCAGCUCUUCCCAGUCAUUUACAGCCAAUGCUCAGGAUGAGCCCUAUUUGCUCUCCUUGCUCUGAGGUCUGUAGUUACUUGGUGUCCUGGCGUAGGUCAGUCCCUACACAAUAGUGGAAGCCUUUUGCUCCUGAAAUUCCUGCAUGUUGGAUAUUAUAAUUCAGUCUGUCUGUUCCUUGCUGUGCUGCUGGUUUGCCCUGGAGCCCUAUGUAUAUUGUGUCCCUCAGGUAUGACUAUCAGAAUUUUCCAGAAAAUAACUACAUCUGUGCCUUGAGGUGGAUGGGGAGGAGUCCACCCUUAAAACCUAAAACACAGAGAAACACCAACCAGUUCAAUUAUAUUCAGAAAGUUUCUUUCACGUUGUUUGGCCAAAAUUAACUGCCUAAAACUCAGCCGUUUGCCCACUGUCAUCACCAAGUCUGAGGGAUUUAAAUCUCUAUAAAAUGAUUUUUUCAGAGACUGAGCUGGAAAUUUUUCAGCAAUAAUAAAGAUCAACCAUGUAAAAAAGGCCCUGAAGUCCCAGGUCAUGUGAAAAGCACGUAAGAGGGGCCGUCUUCCUCUCAAUGACAGUAAACAUCUGGCUAUCUGAAAGUCUCUCCAUGGUUAUUUUAGUUUUCUGGAUUUUGUCAAAUACUUGGUUUUAUAUAAACACAGCUACAGUCUAUGUAUCCAAGCAAGAGUGCCUCUAUUCUUUCCAUUCCUUGUAGGCUACCCUCAAACAAAAAAAAAAACAAAACCUGUUGCUGUCGAGUCAAUUACGACUCACAGCCACCUUAUAGGACAGAGUAGAACUGCGCCAUAGAGUUUCCAAGAAGCGCCUGGCAGAUUCAAACUGCCAACCCUUUGGUUAACAGCCAUAGCACUUAACUGCUAUGCCACCAGGGUUUCCGUAGGCUACUCCAUUUUGGGAAAAAAUAUAACGUACCCAUGGAUACAUCAGUCAGCAUUUACAGUCCUGGGCUCUGGGGUCACGCAGGACAGUAAAAGAACGCUGUACUUGCCCCCAGGUAACUGGCAAUGUAUUUGAAAAGACUCAUAGGCUUGACAGGUAAAAUUACAAUACAAACUAGUGUGUAACUAAACACCAACCAAGCAGUAUUGGCAGUGGGUGCCUCAGGAGUCAUUGUAAACUGACAGAAGGACUUGAGUUAGGUUUCAACUCAGAGUGAUCCAUGGAGAGCAGGGAAAUGGAGAGGAGGAGGGGUUCUGGGGGCCAGAAUGUGCCAGGCAGGGCGGAGGGCUCUUACUGUAGUCAAGAGGAAGGUGGGAUUAGAGACAUUCUGGUAGGAGAAGAGGAGGAAGGACAAGUACAGACAGCCUUGAAUUUGCUUAUUUGGCAAACAGUAGAAGUAUAAUUUAAGAUUUGAGGCAGGAGUUCAUCUGUAGUGUAUCUUAAAGAGAUUACUCUGUCAGAGUAGAACGAGAGGUAGUCAGUCACAGGACAGAAAACCAGUAUGCUAGAUGAUUGUGGUAGUCAGGCCCGAUUAAAUAAGAGCAUAACCCAGGGUGUUUGCAAUAGGAAUUGUGAAGAAAUGGACAUAAAGAAAAGGCAUUAUUAAACCAAACCAAACCCAUUGCCAUCAAGCCGAUUCUGACUCAUAGCCACCCUAGAGGACAGAGUAGAUCUGCCCCAUAGGGUUUCUAAGGAGUAGUUGGUGGAUUCAAACUGCCGACCUUUUGAUUAGCAGCCGGAUUUGUAACCUCUACGCCACCAGGAAGAGCUCUAAACAUAUGAAGCCCAGCUAAUUAAACCCAGGACAAAAGGAAUCAUUGUGACAAAUGAUAUCAGUCAUAGACCAAGUCAAGCCAAGAAGGAAUAAUUGAUGAUUUUCAGAUGGAAACCUGAGUUGCAGAAGUCAGGCAGCUCCUGCUGGGUUAUAUGAGACUGAGGAUGGAAGCCAGUGCCGGGAGCUGCCUCUGUGCAUGAUGUUAGCUGCUAGGGAUUGAAUUGUGUCCCCCAAAAAUGUGUGCUGUAAAUCCUAGCCCCUAUAUUUGUAAAUGUAAUCUCAUUUGAGAAUAGGGUUUUCUUUCUUGUGUUAAUGAGGCUAUGCCAGUGUAGGGUGUGUUUAAAGCCAAUCACUUUUGAGAUAUAAAAAGAGCAGAUUAGGCUCAGAAACAAGGAAGCAUAAGUGGGGAAAGAUUGAUGUCACAUGAAGAUCACCAGGGAACAGAGGAGGAGAAGCUGAAAGAGACAAGGACAUUCCCCCAGAGCCAACAGAGAGAGCCUUACUCUAGAGCCAGCACUCUGAUAUCAGACUUCUAGCCUCCUAAACUGUGAGAAAAUAAAAUUUCCGUUUGUUAAACCCACCCACUUGUGGUAUUUCUGUUGUGACAGCACUAGAUAACUAAGACAUUUGAAAAAAAAAAAAAAAAAACAUCGCCGUUGAGUCAAUUCCAACUCAUAGUGACCCUAUAGGAUGGAAGAGAACUGCCUCAUAGGGUCUCCAAAGAGCUGCAGGUGGAUUUGAAUUGCAGACCUUUUGGUUAGAGCUGAACUCUUAACCACUGCGCCACCAGGGCUCCAACUAAGACAUUAAAAAAAAAAAAAAAUUAGUUGAUAGCAAUUUCACAGGUGUAGAUUUGGGUUCGAUAUAAGAAACAUUUUUAGUGAUUUGAUAAAAAAGUGGAACAGACUUCCGUAGAUGAAAGUCAACUCUCCUUUCCAUCGAUAUUAACCUGCUUCCAUUGAGUGGGUUCCGACUUAGGGCAAGCCAUGUGUGUCACAGUGGAAUUGUGCUCCGUAGGGUUUUCAUGGCUGUGACCUUUUGGAAGCAGGUCUCCAGGUCGUUCUUCCAAGGCCACUCUGGACCGGGUUCAAACCAGGGCUCACACCCCUGCUGAGAAUUUGCAUUUCUAACAAGUUCCCAGGAAGUUAUACAUAAGAAUCUUGUAAAAAUGUAGAUUCUGAUGCAUUAUCUGGGGUGGGAAUGCAAAUUCUCAGAAGGGAACUUGUUAGAAAUGCAAACUCUCAGCAAGGGUUCAAACUGGAGCAAACUGGUUUGAAGUCUUGGUUCCAACUGCCAACCUUUCAGUUAAUAGCUGAGCGCUUAACCAUUUGUGCCACCCGGAGAAUCCAUUUAACCACUAACAAGGCAAAAAUCAGAAGAGGGUGUUUGUCAAUUCAGGAGAUUUCUGUGUUGAGCAAGAAAGUGACCUAGCUCUGUGCUAACAUUCCUGAUUCUGUUUUCUGAUCCAAAGCAAAGCAGCAUGUACUGCCUGAGACUGAGGAAUGAGUUAUCACAUCAUUCCCAAAAACUUUCUGAAAAUGUCUGUCAGGACUCUUAAGAGCACAUCGCAGAAACCUGACUCAAACUAACUUGAGCAGAAAAAGAAAAAAAAGUAAUGGCUCUGUCUUAGGCUGAGUCCUCUAGAGAAGCAAAACCAGUGAAGGAUAUACAGAGAGAGCGAGAAAGAGAGAGGUUUAUUUCAAGGAAAUGGCUUACGUGGUUGUAGAGACUGGCAAGUCCCAAGUCCGUGGGUCAGGAGUCAGGCUGGAGGCUUCUCCGUAGCUGCAGGGACUAAUGAACCCAAGAUCGCCAGGUAGACAGCAGACUGCUUGCUCAAGUUCCAAGAACCAGAGGUCAGAUGAUGACAAGCCGAAUGCAGGAUCCAGCGCAGAGCAAAGCCAGCAAGCUUUGCCAAAAAGUCCAUAUAUAUUGGAUGCAGGCAACCCCCCCCAAGGAAACCCCCCUUCAACUGAUUGGCUGCUUAUAGCAGAUCUCAUCAUGGCGGUGACUACAUUAUAUCAGAUCUCAUCAUGGAGGUGAUUACAUCGUUACAUAACUGCCAGACUACACCGUAACUGCCAAACCACUGAGACUCAUAGCCCAGCGAAGUUGACACACAACCUUAACCAUCCCAAUUCUCAUAACUGAAAAGGUCAGGAUUAGUGCUGGUUUCAGGGAUCACAAGAUGUGAUCAGAGUCAAGUAUGAAGCCAUCUCUUGGCUCUGCUUCCCCUGGCUCCACUCUUCAGAGAUUUUCUCUCCACGUGGCAAAAUGGCUUCCAGUGGCUCUGCUACAUCCUCCAGAGUAACCUCAGUGGAAGAAUACACUUUUUUUCAUUCCAACAGAUCUAUCUAAAGUCCUGAACCUAACUCUCAUUGGCAAUAUUGGUUCCAGUGCCGAUCCCUGAGCCAAUCAUUGUGGCCAACUGCUUGGGAUUUGAUUGUUAGCUUGAGCCUGGGCUACAUGCCUACCUUGGAGCUUGAGGUGAGUCAGCCCCAUUCAAACCACAUGGACUGAGAAUGGAGGAGGUUCAUUCAUUUCUCCAAUAGAGAAAAAGAGGAAAUGAAUUCUAGGUAGAGAAAAACAUCAGUCUACACAGCAGGACCUGACUCCUUCCUGCUUGUUCUGGUGGCCUGGGGCAUGGAUGUGGGCUCACCUACCCUUAGUUCUUCUUCCUCAGCCACAUCUCCUGUCUCGAAGUCAGCCCUGGAGUGGCUGGUGGAGAAGAUGCUCGUGGCCAGUGCUCAAAAUCUGGGGAAGCGGAUUAUCAUAGAAUCUCGGCAGUAGGUAGAAUAGAGAAAUUAAGGAUCAGAGGGUCAAGCAAUGGGUGCUGGUAGUCAGUUCUGGUUUCCCAGCCUCUCACUGGUGGUGCUAAGCCCAGGUCUGCUGACACCGGGGCCUGUGCUUGCUCUGUUACCUAUGCUGCCUGUCUUGGUUGUUGUAUGGUAGCAGCAAGAAAAACUCCCUGGAAGGUCAGGGGCCUUUUCUGCACUUCAGGUAUUUCUUCCGAUGUGAAUAAAAACAGCAGUGUGUAUGUUCACAGAGUUUGAUAUUUCUUUUCCCAAUAAACACUUUUCCAAAUAAGUAAGGUACCUGCUCUCUAACAAUAAAAUGAGUUGCGAACUACUCUAGGAUACCAUUUAUGGACUUGCAUAGCAAACAGGAUGAGGUAAUAGGACUCUUAAAAUGAAGCAGGCCCAGUUUUUGGAAAAUCUCACUUCACAUGGCAGGGCACACAGUUCACUGAUGUGUGUAUUUUCUUUUCAGAAUCAGGUCCAGAGCAAUCAGCCAGCCCAUUAAGCUCUUAUCACACCUUUGUUAAAGAGUGUGUGUGAACAAGCUUGGCACGUUCAAGUGGCUCGUAAACAAGGCCUGACUACCUAGAGUCCUCCCUCUGAGAGGGAUCUCAGAAGCCAUAUUGUCUAGCUCCCUGCUCCUUGGGCAGCUGACUGACAAGCUUUCUAAGAGAAAUUGUUUCACCUUCUAGGGGAAGCUUUGCUCUUUGGAGUCCUUGGCUCUUCCUCCUUGGUGAACGGGGAGAGGUUCCCUUCCUGUGAUAAAGAUUCAGACUUAACUUCAAAGCCGGGAGAGCCGUAUAUCCUAGGAUAGGGCAGGGAGAGUUGAUCUGUGAGGGGGGUUGUGAGAAAGAAGGACAGGGAGAGAGGGUAGUCAGACUGACUGCUACCUGCCGCCUCUUCUCGAAGGACCUCUGAUUUCAGCCCAACACUUGGAGGCAGAUCCAAGGUCCCUGUGUCCACUGGUUGCUAAUGUGGAGAAGGGAGAACCUGGCAAGAACAGAGCUGGCAGCAAAAAAGGUUUGAGUAACUUGGUGUUUCCAAGACCCUCUGCCUUUAGUCUGCUGCAGCAACUCCUGGGAGAAGUGCCCAGAGUCUUCCAAAUUUGCAGACCUGCUCAUCUGGGGCUGUCUCUUGGGCGGAGAGAUGCCCCCAGAGUUCUUCUUUCUAGGAGUGCAGGGUGGGGAGCCAGCCCCUCAGCCUUGGAAAGCUAUAGAGACAGUGUGUACUUGAGCACAUGAAGUCAUGUCUGUGAGCAGAGGAUAUUAGCAGGUUUUCUCCGUGAAAGGGUUGCCCACACAAACAGGAGCCACUUGGCUCUCCAGGAUCACAGCCGGACUGCAGCUGACUUUCACUGUUGAAUUCAGAGUCUCGGAGCCUGGCUUCCACCUUGGCUGGAGGUUCUGUGUCAGGAAAGAGUUCCCUUGCUGAGUGUUAAGGGGGCUGGCUUACCUUUUUAAAGACUCUGACUCACUGGUAAUUUUUUUUUUUACUUCUUGGUUUUCACUUGUACCUGAGAGUCAUGGUAACUGGCUAACAGAGAUGAGCUGUAGCUUACAUUGUUGAGAUCCUUCCUGCAAAGCAUUUUUGCAAGAAGGUAGAGUAGAUAAUUAUUCCCAUGGUGCAGAUAACUGAACUGAUUAAUAGGAGGAGUUAUCUAAAGCCACAGUUGGCAAACUUGGCUUUCUGGCUCCCGACUAUGUACUUUCAGGAGAAAACCCAGGGAUCAUCAGUUCUAGACAUUUCAAGCACUUUUGUCAAAAACAAAGAAGAAGAGCCCUACUGCCCUCCUUCCAUUAUCAAAUUGCAAAAUGAAUGGAUUUCUAACAAAGAGAUUCAGCGUUCUUCUGAGGUCCCACUUAAAGUGUAGCUUAGGAGUUAAGGGCAUGUGCUUUGGGGUAGCCCUCCUGGGUUCAGUUCCAGUCUUGCCACUCACUAGUUGUGCAAUCUUAAGGUAAAUUAAUGAAUCUCUCAGCAGAUUCCUCCACUGUGAAAUAUGAAUACUAACUACCUCUUGUUGUUGCUGUUAGCUUCUGUGGAGUUGGCUUCAACUGUGGCAACCCCAUGCGCAAUAGAAUGCUGAGCCAUCUUCAUGAUCAGUUACGGACUGGACCAUUAUGAGCCAUAGGAUUUUCAUUGGCUGAUUUUGGGAGGUAGAUUGCCAGGCUUGUCUUCCGAGUCCAUCUUAGACUGGAAGCUCCACUGAAACCUGUUGAGCAUUAUAUCAACACACAAGCCUCCGCUGAAAGAUGGGUGGUGGCUAUGCAUAAGGCGCAUUGCCCAAAAUAGAACCCAGGUCUGCAUGGAAGGUGAGAAUUCUACCACUGAACCACCGCUGCCUCUCAUCCACCUCAUAGGGUUAGUGUCUUAAAUGAUUUAACACAUGAACAUGCUCAACACAGUACCUGUUGUGUAAUUGUUAUUAGGUGACAUUGAGUCGGUUCCAGUUCAUAGAAACCCUGUGUCUCUUGUGCAAAGAGAUGUACAUUUUAUGUACAACAGAACAAAACACUGCCAUCCUCACAGUUGUUGUUUGAGCCCAUUGUUGCAGCCACUGGGUCAGUCCAUCUUUUUGAGGGUCUUCCUCUUUUUCAGUGACCCUUUUCUUGACCAAGCAUGAUGUCCUUCUCCAGGGACUGAUCCCUCCUGAUAACAUGUCCAAAGUACUUGAGACGAAGUCUCACCAUCCUCGCUUCCAAGGGGCAUCCCCACGAUAUUUCUUCCAAGAGAGAUUUGUUCAUUUAUCUGGCAGUCUGUGAUAUAGUCAAUAUUAUUCGCCAACACCACGAUACAAAUGCAUCAAUUUUUCUUCCAUCUUCCUUAUUCAUUGUCCAGCUUUCGCAUGCAUAUGCAGUGAUUGAAAAUACCAUGGCUUGAGUCAGGCACACCUUAAUCCUUAAAGUGACAUCUUUGCUUUUUAACACUUUAAAGAGGUCUUUUGCAGCAGAUUUGCCCAGUGCAAUAAAUACGUCAUUUGAUUUCUUGACUGCUGCUUCCAUGGGCAUUGAUUGUGGAUCUAAGUAAAAUGAAAUCGUUGACAAUUUCAGUAUUUCCUCCAUUUAUCAUGAUACUGUUUAUUGGUCCAGUUGUGAGGAUUUUUGCUUUCUUUAUGUUGAGGUGUAAUCCAUACUGAAGGCCAUCGUCUUUGAUCUUCAUCAGUAAGUGCUUCAAGUCCUCUUCACUUUCAGCAAGCAAGGUUGUAUCAUCUGCAUAUUACGGGUUGUUAAUGAGUCUUCCUCCAAUCCUGUUGCCGUGUUCUUCGUCAUAUAGUCCAGCUUCUCAGAUUAUUUGCUUAGCAUGCAGAUUGAAUAAAUGGUGAGAGGAUACAACCCUGAUGCACACCUUUCCUAAUUUUAAACCACUCAGUAUCCCUGUGUUCUGUUUGAAUGACUGCUUCUUGGUCUCCGUACAAGUUCUGCAUGAGCACAGCUAAACGUUCUGGAAUUCCCAUUCUUUAUAAUAUUAUCCAUAAUUUGUUAUGAUCCACAUAAUCAAAUGCCUUUGUGUAGUCGUUAAACACAGGUAAACAUCCUUCUGGUAUUGUCUACUUUCAGCCAGGAUCCAUCUGACAUCAGCAGUGAUAUCCCUUGCUCCACAUCCUGUUCUGAAUCUGGCUUGAAAUUCUGGCAGUUCCCUGUCGAUGUACUGCUGCAACCACUUUUGAAUGAUCAUCAGCAAAAUUUUACUUGCGUGUGAUAUUAAUGAUAUUGUUCAAUAAUUUCCAUAUUCUGUUGGUUCACUUUUCUUUGGAAUGGGCACAAAUAGGUAUAUCUUCCAGUUGGUUGGCCAGGUCGCUGUUUUCCAAAUUUCUGGGCAUAGACGAGUGAGCACCUCCAGCACUGCAUCCAUUUGUUGAAGCAUCUCUAUUGGUAUUCCCUCAGCUCCUGGAGCCUUGUUUUCCACCAAUGCCUUCAGUACGACUUGGACUUCUUCUUUCAGUAUCAUCGGUUCUUGAGCAUAUACUGCCUCCUGAAAUGGUUGAAUAUCGACCAGUUCUUUUUGGUACAGUGACUCUGUGUAUUCCUUCUCUCUUCUUUUGAUGCUUCCUGCAUCGUUCAGUAUUUUGCCCAGAGAAUCCUUCAAUAUUACAAUUGAAGGCUUGAAUUUUUUCUUCAGUUCUUUCAGCUUGAGAAAUGCCGAGCAUGUUCUCCCCUUUUGAUUUUCUAAUUCCAGGUCUGCACAUUUCAUUGUAACAUUUUACUUUGUCUUCUUGAGCCGCCCUUUGAAAUCUUCUGUUCAGCUCUUCUACUUCAUCAUUUCUUCCUUUUGCUUUAACUGUUCUACAUUCAAGAGCAAGUUUCAGAGUCUCUUCUGACAUACAUUUUGAUCAUUUCAUUCUUUCUGUUUUUUUUUUAAUGACCUCUUGAUUUCUUUAUGUAUGAUGAUGCCCUUGAUGUCAUCCCACAAUUUGGCUGGUCUUUGGUCAUUAGUGUUCAAUGCAUCAAAUCCAUUCUUGAGAUGGUCUCUAAAUUUAGGUAGGAUAUACUCAUGGUUGUACUUUGGCUCUCAUGGACUUGUUUUAAUUUUCUUCAGCUUCAACUUGAACUUGCAUAUGAGCAAUUGAUGGUCUGUUAAGCAGUCAGCCCGUAGCCUUGUUCUGACUGGUGAUAUUGAGCUUCUCCAUUGUUUCUUUCCACCAAUGUAGUCAAUUUAAUUCCUGUAUAUUCCAUCCGGUGAGAUCCAUGUGUAUAGUCACUGUUUAUGUUGUUGAGAAAAGGUAUUUGCAAUAAAGAAGUCAUUGGUCUUGCAAAAUUCCAUCAUGUGACCAUGACCACCAGCAUCAUUUCUAUCACCAAGGCCACAUUUUCCAACUGCGAAUUCUUCAUCUUUGUUUCCAACUUUCACUUUCCAAUCACCAGUAAUUAUCAAUAUUUUGAUUGCAUGUUUGAUCGAUGUCAAACUGCAGAAGUUGGUAAAAAUCUUCACUUUCUUCACCUUUGGCCUUAGUGGUUGGUGCGUAAACUUGAACAAUAGUCAUAUUAACUGGUCUUCCUUGUAGGCGUAUGGAUAUUAUCCUAUCACUGACUCUGUUGUACUUCAGGAUAGAUCUUAAAAUGUUAUUUUUGAUUAUAAAUGUGAUGCAAUUCCUCUUUAAUUUGCCAUUCCUGGUGUAGUAAACCAAAUGAUUGUCUGAUUCAAAAUGGCCAGUGCCAGUCCAUUUCAGCUCACUAAUGCCUAGGAUAUCGACUUUUAUGCAUUCCAUUUCACUUUUGACAACUUUCAACUUUCCUAGAUUCAUGCUUCGUACAUUUCUCACUCUGCUUAUUAAUGGAUGUUUACAGCUGUUUCCUUUCAUUUUGAAUAGAGGCACACCAGCAGAUGAAGGUCCCAAGAGCUUUACUCCACCCACGUCAUUAAGGUCAACUCUACUUUGAGGAGCCAGCUCUUCCCCAGUCGUAUUUUGAGUGGCUUCCAACCUGAAGGGCUCAUAUUCCAGCACUAUACCAAUAUUCCACUGCUAUUUAUAAGGUUUUCACUGGUCAGUUUUUUUAGAAAUAGACCACCAGCUCCUUCUUCCUAGUAUAUUUGAGUCUGGAAGCUCCACUGAAACCUGUCCACUAUGGGUGAUCCUGCUGGUAUUUGAAACACCGAUGGCAUAGCUUCCAGCAUCAUAGCAACAUGCAAGCCACGACAGUAUGACAAACGGACAGACAAGCGGUGGUAAGCCUUCAAUAAACAUCAGCUCUUUUAAUUACUGUAAUUGAGGGCAUGCUGAGGAAGGGUUCAGCCUAUGAGAGGCAUGAUUACAUGUGAGGAGACAGGAAGAAAAGAUAAAGGAGUAGCUCAAAUGUCAUUUAGUCAGAAUAAGAGAAUAUUUUAUAACAUUGAGACUUCUCAGCCAGUAGGUUCUUGAGCUGAUGUAUGUCAAGUACACAGUAGAAAUGCCACACAUAGCAGGCUAAGCCACCGGUAAAUGGUGGUUAUUACUAUUAGUGUUGGUUGACUCCAUGACUUAAUACAUGCUAAACACUUAGAACAAUGCCUGACAAAUAGUACUUAAUAACCAAUAGCUGUUGCUGCUGAUAUUUAGAGAGAACCCAUAUCCAUAUUUUUCCCAUAAACUGAGUCCCAGCCAAUAUAUCAGAUACAUAUUAAUUGUGUGCUUUCAGGAGAAGGUGGGAAGGAGGGAGCGUUCGAAAGGCAUAAAAUGUUUUGAAAUGAAAAAUGGUCGUUAGCGGGUUACAUAAGACCAUCUGCUGCCAAAAAGCCACUAAAAUUGAUGACCGUGCCAAUAAAGAGGAGGAGGGUAUUUUAAAAUGAGUUUAUGCAGACAAAGCUUUUAAGAGGUCAUUCUCUCCUUUCUGUAUUAAGUGAAAUGAUGCUUCUAGCUUAAAAAGAAGUAUCUGAAACCCAAGAGAGAAGGGGUGGAAUUGUCAAGGUGUCCCAUGGAAAGCUGUUGUUGGGAACAAGUCAUUGGCAUUGCAAGGCCCAGCUUUUAAUGAUAAAUUUGCAAUUCCAAAGCAUAUUCUUUUUUUCAAUUCAAGGGAACUAGGACUCAGAAGGCAUGAGGGAUUUGGGAAAUAGGUCAUGCGUCUGUCACACAUGCAGCUGCGGCAGGGACAGGACUCUACAGAAGCAAUCUUGGAGUUAAAAUGCGACUAGAAAAGGAAAAAGGAGGAAGUGGCAGAGCCAGAACAGUAGGACUUCGCCUGUCCCUGAACAGGAGUCCUGUGAGACCAGGCCCUGGCCAUGCAGGAAGCCCAACAGCCUCGCCUGCCGGCUUCGUCUGUGUCAGUCAGCAGACAGAUCUGCCCACAAACCGCGUUCGGCAGCCCAGAGGGGCCCCAGGAAGCACCCUGAAUGCCAGGCUUCAGGGUUUCCCCACAGAGGUGGGACACCAGCUCCCCCGUGUCUCCAGAGAAUGGGAGUGGUUUCCAGGGCUCUAUGUGCUGGUUGGAGCUGGAGCCCUGAUGAUGGCCAUGGGGUUCUUUGGGUGCUGUGGAGCCAUGCGGGAGUCGCAGUGCGUGCUCGGAUCAUUUUUCACCUGCCUACUGGUGAUAUUUGCUGCUGAAGUAACCACUGGAGUAUUUGCCUUUAUAGGCAAGGGUGUAGCUAUACGGCAUGUUCAGACCAUGUAUGAAGAGGCUUACAAUGAUUACCUGAAAGACAAGGGAAAGGGAAAUGGGACGCUCAUCACCUUCCACUCAACGUUUCAGUGCUGUGGAAAAGAAAGCUCUGAACAGGUCCAACCCACAUGCCCAAAGGAGCUUCUAAAACACAAGAAUUGCAUUGAUGAAAUUGAGACCGUAAUCAGUGUUAAGCUCCAGCUCGUCGGAAUUGUCGGUAUUGGAAUUGCAGGUCUCACGAUCUUUGGCAUGAUAUUCAGCAUGGUCCUUUGCUGUGCAAUACGAAACUCGCAAGAUGUGAUAUGAAGCCACUUCUACAUGAAAAUUACAAUCGAAAGCUUUCAUACUAAAUGUCAUGGGAGCUGCCUUCCGGCUCAUUUUUAAUAUCCAAAGGACAUUAAGACCUGAAAGUAAUUUGGUAUCAAUUGUACAUUUGCACAUGUUUGUAUGGAGGGCUCACUACUGGCUUGCCCUUUGGGUGAAUGCCUAUGUCCUGACUGAGAGCAUGUUAUGUGUGGGUGAGUGUUUCUGGUAUAUGCAUUGCAGAUAAUGAGAGCUGUUGGCUGGGAAUUCCUAAUUUUUGUUGUGGAAAGGGAGUAACCUAUUUAACAACCAAAAAAAAAAAAAAAAAAAAAGAAUCAAAA